GCAUACGUGGGACCGCGCAUAACUUGCGAACGGAUGGUCCGAUUUGGGUAGUCUAAGUUUUGUUCUGUUUGUUUUCACCCAAGGAAGGUUUAUGAGGCCUAAAACAUGGGAAAAUUGUGAGUCUUUGAAAAUCGGGUUUUCAUACAUUUGGAACGGGGACUUGGUCUUGGCUAGAAACUUGAAACGUCAAAAAACGCAGUAGGCAAGACAAAGUUUGCCGGGGACAGCUAGUUUAAUAUAAUCGAACACAACAUUACAGUUUUAACGUUAUAUUAUCUGAACCAGCAAAACCGUAUAAAAUGGAUUCAAAUGAUACCGCCGAUCCUAUAGAGGACAUCCCGAUAAUAUCUCAAGGAAGUGAUAACCCGGUUCAUUGCCCAAUUUGUUCGGAAUCGUUCUCCUGUGAUAAGUCGUUUUUCAAGCAUAAAAUGACCCACUCUUCGGACUAUCGAGUAUACGACAUGGAGCGAAAUAGUCGAACUUUUAAAGUGCACGUGCGAAUAUACACGUGCGAUAUAUGCGAAAAAGUGUUCCGAAGCCUGACAACCUACGAAAAGCAUAGGAAAGUGCGCCAUACCAAAGAGGGAUACAUUUGUCCGCGUUGUGGCAAAAUAUUCAAGGAUGUAAAGUACAUGAGAAUCCACAUGCGGACCCAUUCCGGCGAAAGGCCAUACGAGUGUAACAUGUGCGAAAAGACAUUCACCCGAUCGAUUAUACUGCGGCAGCAUAUGCAGACACACCAAAAAAUAGGAAGCCAUAAAUGUGAAUUCUGUGCCAAGUCUUACAAACGAAUGGAAGACCUUCAGCGGCACUAUGAAGUUCAUUGAUUUUUGACUAAUAAAUAUUUUUUGUAUAUUAACAAUUUUAUUUCAAUAUAGAUAUAUUAUGUCAUAUUUAUAGGUUCCGUAAUCUGGGGGUAGUUGAUCCACGGCCUUCAACAGCUGAAGACGCUUCAAUUCUGUUUCAAUGGCAUAAUGUUGGACGUAAAUCUAUUGUGUGAAUAUAUUUGAAGACUUUUUGAAGGUUAUCAUGCCAAUUGUAUCAGAUUUUA